CAUUUUGUUGUUCCCUGGUACGCUCUUUCAUAUCUCACUCAAGUGGCCCAUUUCAACUUCUCAUGUUUCAUAGUGUACAUGAUCUGUGGUUGGUCGAAGAACGCAAAAGUCUAAACUCUAAAAGUUGCUUGCAUAGCAUGAUAAUACAAUCGUGCUUACAUAGCAUGCCAGUAUUGAAAUACUUAUCUGAUGUUAUCCAUUCCAUCACUUAUUAUUUUUAAGUAGAUUUACAGUAAGUUGAGUAUCUACAGAAAUCAAAAUGGGCAAUACCUUUAAUAGCAGCUUGUACCAGUAUCAAUUAUGUAUGGAAUUAUUCAAUUUAUUUCUUCAUCAUGCUGAGCUUGAGGAACGCAGAAGUGUUACACCAAUGCACCUGGCAGCAAGUCGUGGAGACGUGCUUUUAGUUCGCACACUGUUAGCCCAAGGUUUGUCUGUCAAUGCCGAGAUUAAAUAUGAUUCCAUUACACCAUUGUAUUUUGCAAUUUAUGAAAAUCAGUUGGAAAUGGUUAACUUUCUAAUUGCACGUGGUGCUGACAUAAAUCAUAAAAUCGUGUCAGGGCUUACACCUUUAAAUGCUGCAUGCCAACUAGGACACACAGAAAUUGUCAAAACCUUAAUUGCACAUGAAGCAGAUUGUAACAUUAGAACAGAAAAACGAAAUACACCUCUGCAUUUAGCGGCUGAAAAUAAUCAUCUGGACAUAGUAAAUGUUCUCAUGGAAAAAGGAUUAGAAGUUAACGCUGUAAAUUACCAUCAAGUAACGCCCUUGCAUUCGGCAGUACAAAAGGGCAAUCUUGAGAUGGUUAAAAUUCUGAUUUUGCAUGGAUCCAAUGUUAAUAUUGGAUGUUCAGCUAUGGAUGAGAGUGAUGCGCUUGAUUACAACCUGACACCAUUACAUUUUGGGGCACAGACUGGUAAUUCCGCUAUAGUGAAAGUUCUAAUUGAAGCGGGAGGGAAUCCUAAUGCAAAAACAAUGGAUAGAGUCACACCUUUACACAUGGCAUCCCAAGGUGGGUUCGUUGAAUCUGUAAAAAUUUUACUUGAAGCAAAAUGUAAUGUUAAUGUGAAGGAUUAUGAAAAUGCUACACCUUUACAUUUGGCAACAGCUCGAAAUCACCUUGAGAUAGUUAAGCUUCUACUUGUAAAUGGAAUUGACGUUAAUGCUAAAGACUGCAAUGAUUUUACUGCUUUGCAUAUGGCAGCGCAGAAUGGUUAUGAUGAAAUCGUCCAACUGUUGAUAAAAAAUUACGCCAACAUUAAUGCUAAACAAAACGAAGGUUUCACAGCUUUACAUCAGGCAAUUCAGCAAAAACAUUUUGAAGUUUGUGACUUCUUAAUUAAUAAUGGAGCAAACAUUCACGUACUCGACAAUCAAAAUUGGAGUCCUUUACAUAAUGCAGCAUACAAUGGUUUUUCUCCCGAAAUUGUUGAAAAAUUAAUUGUAAAAGGAGCAAAAGUAAAUGCAAAAAUAGACGAUGGUAGGACAGCUUUACAUUUGGCAGCAGAGCAUGAUUUCUUAAGGAUAGUUAAUUUCCUAAUCAAAAGUGGAGCCGAUGUUAAGGCUGUAGACAAGAGGAGUUGGACCGCUCUUCAUUAUGCAGCAUAUGAUGGUAAUUUAAAUGUUGCACAAUCUUUGCUUGAUAGAGGUGUCGAUGUCAAUGCACAAACGAAUAAAAAGACCACACCCUUACACUUUGCAGUAGACUACAAUCACUUACAAGUGGUUCAAUUACUUCUGAAAAAUGGAGCAGAUGUUAAUGCCUUGGAUCAUACAAAUUGGACCUCUUUACAUUUUGCAGCAGAAAAAGGUCACGAUCUGGUUGCCAACGUCCUAGUGACACAUGGGGCCCAUCUGAAUGCAAAAGAAAAUCAAAAUAAAUGCACACCUUUACAUUUGGCGAUUCAAUAUCUUCAUCCCAAAGUAGUUACCACCGUUAUUAUAAAUGGAGCCGAUGUUAAUGCAAGAAUGAAUAACAAUGCCACACCUUUACAUUUGGCAGCACAAGUUGGUAAUUUAGACAUAGUAAAAUCUCUCCUUAUGAAUAAGGCAUAUUUUGACCCAAAGGCUGAUAUAGGCGAAUAUGGUUUGCCAUUACAAUUUGCAGAGAGAUUCCACUACCAAGAGCUGGUAAAAUUGUUAAAACUAAUUGACAACCUGUUCAAAGCUACAACGGAAAAUGACCACUCAAAAGUCGAACGUUGCAUUAAACAGGGUGCGUUAGUCAACAGCAGAAGUAUUCAUUUUGAAACACCAUUAAUAUAUGCAUCAUGGAAGGGAUACAUCGACACUGUUAACGUUCUCCUUCAAAACAAUGCAAAUGUCAACUUUGGUAAUGAUAACAAUGUAACUCCACUGCAUUAUGCCUCUAAGUUUAAUCACCUCGAAGUAGUGUAUUCUCUAUUAGAACAUGGUGCAAUGUUCGAUGUACGUAGCCACAAACGCGGUGUAAAGCCACUAGACUGUGCUCAAAAGCGUAAAAACACGGACAUCGCCAGUGUGUUGUUGAAAAUUGGUAAAUUAUUUGAUGAAGCCAAAAACGGUAACUGCGAAAUUCUUGAUGAGUUGAAAAUGGUCAGGAACGACAAUCCCCACAAAUUUUUAGCUAUGGUAAAUGCUUGUAACAAUCAAGGACAAACACUAAUACAGACUGCUUUGAGUAACAACCAUAAAGAUAUUGCGAAUUCUCUUCUAAAAAUUAUACAGGAGCAUAAUAAUUCAUAAUAGAAUCCAAAAUGUUAAUGAUGUUUUAAUGGCUAAUUUCAUGAUUUUCUUCGUUAGAAACAAUUUUAGUUUGUACCAUUUAUGGAAAGAAUUUUACAUUCAUUUUUUAUUUUAUUGAUGAUAUUUUUAAUGAUAGAGUUUUUUUGUUGAUUG